AUGUAUAGGCAAAACCCUAAUAAAAUAUCUGAACAGUGUCAAAAGAGACAGCUUGCUAGAGAAAGACAGAAAAAUUAUUAUAAAAAAAAACAAAAAAUAAAUAAUAUAGUAAGGAAAAUUGGAGAGCAUGCAGAGAUAAUAGAAGCAACUGUAAAUAAGAGUAGUGUUAUAUUCAUUAAAAAACAUCUAAAUUAUGUAAAAGAAUCAGAUAAGCCUAUCGUAAAUAAGACUAGUAUUGAAUCUGUUAAACAUCUAGAUUACAUAACAGAGUCAGAUCCUCCUAUUGUGAUUAAAAGUAGUAUUAAAUCUAUAGGUUAUGCAUCAAAAUUGGAUAAACCUAUCAUUGAAUCUAUAUAUAACAUACCAGAAUCAAAUAAGCCUAUUAUUUCAAAUGAGACUGUUUCCAAUACUAUAGGAUCAGAAGCUAAAAAAGCGAAGACUCAAGUUAAUCAAAAACGAAGACUAGAAUGUCAUGAACUGGGAAGGAUGGAUUAG